AUUAGACUUUUGAGAAAUGAUCGAUGCGAUCAUGACCGUAGUUCCACUUUUUAAACAUUAUAUAAGUAAAAGCACUCACGUCGGAAAAUAAUGUGGAAUAUUGAAUUCUAUAUAUAAGUGCCACACCAGGCACCAUGUUUCCCGGCUUUAAGGCUGUCUCUCUAGGCAUCGCAUUGUAUACAAGCGGGUCCGCUGCUGCUCUCCAGACUGUCAAAACAACGUCAGGUCAGCUCCAAGGUAGACUAGCAUCCGGAACCACUGGGGUUGUUGAGUAUCUGGGGAUACCUUAUGCCCAACCACCGGUCGGACGAUUACGAUGGGCUCCUCCAGAGCCCUUUAGUGGGUCUGGGGUGAUCGAUGCUACAGAAUUUGGAUAUACUUGUCCAGCAAAUGCGACUUUUGCACCUAAUUCCGAACUUACUGCAAGGUCGAAAGAGUUCAGUUUGACUGAGCAAGCACCGAUGAUCCUAGAAAAUUUAUUGGAGCAAGAGGAACUAGAAUACAGCGAAGACUGCCUGACUCUUAACGUGUGGACCAGGCCAACGACUAGUGACACUAAAAAGGCGGUGUUAUUUUGGAUCUAUGGGGGAGGUUUCAAAACUGGGAGCACCAAUGUCACAGGUUAUAACGGAAAGUACAUUGCGGAUCUCGAAGAUGUUGUGAUUGUCUCGGCAAACUAUCGCCUGAAUAUCUUUGGAUUUCCUGGGAACCCUAACAUACGAAAUAAUCUCGGGCUCCUCGACCAACGUCUUGCAGUGGAAUGGGUCCGUGACAAUAUAGAGGCAUUCGGCGGAGACCCCAAUCGUAUCACUCUCUUUGGGCAAUCAGCCGGCGGGGAAUCAGUCGACUUUUAUAGCUUUGCAUGGACCUCUGACCCCAUUGUAGCUGGAUUCAUCGCGGAGUCCGGCACAGUCUUAAGCCCAUCCGCCCAAGAAGAUGCGAGCACCGCUGCCAAAGCAUGGUAUAACGUGACUGCCACGCUUGGAUGUGGAGAUGAAAGUUCAGAACCGGAUGCAUUACUUUCUUGCAUGCGGUUAAAAGAUUGGGAAACUGUUCAAAAUGCAAUCCCUAUAACUUCGGGUAUAUCUGGGGUGACAGGGUCAUUCGUUCCUACUAUUGACAACAUUGUUAUUUUUGACGACUAUGCUGCACGUUUAGAGGCAGGGAAUUUUAUCUAUCGACCACUCUUUCUUGGGAACAACAAUAACGAAAUUGGAUUAUUCCGUCCGAUUUUCGAAUCUGAGAAUUUGACUCUGUCUGACGCACAAUGGGAUUAUUUGAAUUGGGUUCUUUAUACGUGCCCUGCGAGUUAUCGUGCGUCAGGCGCUGUGAGCAGUAAUGUGCCGACAUGGCGAUAUCGAUAUUUUGGCGAAUUUCCAAAUCUAAGGUUGACGAUCAAUCCCGACUCAGGAGCGUGGCAUGGAAGUGAGGUUUUGCUCAUAUUUAACACAGAUAUGGGUGUUCAGAAUAUAGUGGACCGGACUCCUGAAGAGGGUCAAAUUGCAGAGUACUUGCGAAAAGCAUGGGUUUCAUUUGCUAAUGAUCCGGAAAAUGGCCUGACGAAGUAUGGCUUCCCUCGGUAUAAUCCGCUGGAGUCUACGCUUUUGCGACUCGCGUACAAUAAUGAAACUGGGCCACAACCAACAUAUCCUGCCACAUACGAUACUGGAUGCGUUAUUGGGACGACACUCGCCGAGAUACUGAUAACUCUGGAGAGUCUAUGAUUAUUUGGCCAUAAAUUAAUGCAUAAUACGAUGGUAUGAAUUGAUGUAUUCAGCUUUAUAUUAAGGAUUCCCGCCCUAAAAGUUCAUGUCCUUGUCGUGAAUGCAUAUAGUAAAUGAAUAUAUAUAUACAGAACAGGGAACUAGAAAUGUACAUAGUAUUUGAGAAG